AUGCUGAGCCUGCGAUUGGACCCGGAGCUAGAUAUGUCCUCUGCAGAGUAUGUCUACCAGGUGAACCUCUUGUGGUUUGAUGAUGGCUCCUUGAAAGGCCUGGCUUGCUUCAUGAAUUUGAUCGGCCUGGUGAUCUUAGACCAGCAGGGAAGCUUCGGGCCGGAUGACUUUUCUCAUCCUCGGGCGAAGAUUCUGAUUGAGUCAAUGUUGCAGAUCGCCACGAUUUACAAGAGCCAAUCAGGGACGGGCACCUUUCUGGAUUCACAGCUGACAAGAGUGGUGAAGCAGAAUCAGGACGCAGCUGCGCAGCCCUUGUCUUCCUUCGGAUGGGCAUGCCUGCUCAAUCAAAUGGGUGCUGCUGGGACAGACGAUGGGAUGAGUUUUGAUGAAGCCCUUGCGCUGUACAAUGCACAUCCCCUUGUGCAGCAAGCAGGAGAUGCACUUGAUCCUGGGUCUUUGGACUCGACUGGAUCGGGGACUGUGAAGUUGGACAACAAGAAGACCACCGCAAUCCGUAAUUGGAUGGAGCGAUGUAGCCCGGAAAGCUUGGCACUGGUGGAGAGCACGCAACAUGAUGUGCCGUUCAGUGCCGGUCCCUUUGGGGAACCCUUGUCGCAGAUUCCAUGGCUUUUCCUCGGAAGCACCAGUCCAACACAGCUGACAGCCUCAGCAACCUCAGGUCUCGCCCCGCUUGACGGUGAGCAGACAGUCACCGUGGACUGGGAGCUUCCCUUGACGGAAUGGGGCCAAUUCUUGCUGUUCUCGCGGAUCAUCUCCGACUUCUCGGCGGCAACAGCACUGGUGGAGGUGAAGUCGAAGAAGAGGUACAGGGCGAAGGAGGCGGAUUUGAUGCAGAUCAGAAAUCUCAUAGCCCUUUGGACUCAGAUCCGUGGUUUGUGUCAGGCGGGCAAGAUGGACAUUCAGGAGUUCGAGAAAAAGCUGGUGAAGGGCAACCACGUGGAUGAGGAGGUGCAAGACGUUCUUCUGCAGCGUCCAAGGGCCUUUGCCUUGAGCAUGAUGCCUUCACAGAAGCAGCACAUGCAGCAAGUGGCUGAAACCAGAGAACAGGCGAUGCUGGGAGAAGUGGAGCAGCAACGCCUUGAAGUUCGCCAUGCCAAGUUUGAUUUCCUGAAGAAGGCAUUGAAGCGAGACCAACUCCAGCUCACGAGGAUCCAAGCCGCUCCAGCCAAGCUCUCUGCUCUUCAGAGCAGAACUGAGGCCGUAUGGCGGGAGGAACAAGCAGCGCUGGGGGAACGAGCAGUGCACAAUUGGUGUAACAAAUUCUUGAGGGUUGUCGAAGUGGAGAAAGCGGAUUUCGCCACUGGACCUAUGAUCGAGUAUUUGAAUUUCCUUGCCAAGCUUCACAACGUUCCUGUUGACCAAGUUCACAUCGUCUGCUUCUGUGACUUCAAUCACCCUCAAGCCUCUGCCAAAGCUCGAGUUGCAGAUCUUGCUCGCCUGUUUCAGUCAUGCUGCGAGAUGAGCCCAACCACAUCUGUGGGAAUCUGCGACUUUCCAGAAGUUCCCAAGGCCAGCAGCAAGCGCGGGCUUGCAGAUGAAGAGAAUGACAUUCAGGUGACAUUCUGGGCGCAAAAGCUGAACAUCGACACCCGCUUCAUCUUGGCCUACGAUCUUCCACCAGCAGGCGAAGCCUUGACGAAGCGCAGGCGAUUCAGCAUGGGGAGGUUGGUUGCGGACGGAGCCACCAUUGAGGAGAACAUUUGGAUCAACGCUUCGGAGCUCAGCAUAGCUGGCCGACCGCUGACCAAUGAGCGUGUGGUGCUGCCAAGGCAGCGAGACCUUGUUCUGCCGGAAUCCACUGACGCUUCAGCAGACCUGCGCACAGCAGAGCGCCAAAGGCCAUCACCUGAACAACUCCGA